AUGCAGCCUACUGAGCCAGCACUUUCGUUCGAUUCUAGUGCACCUGAAGGAGCUUCAAUGGUUGUCGUCAACAGCACGUCCGCCGCAGUACAACCUGCAUCAGCAAGUGCUCCUGCACCAAUGGCGCUCUCUCAGGAGACCAUGGAGGUCUCGCCGUCGGCUCCGCAGGCGUCGCAGAUGAUGCAUGGUGAUGUUGCGUCCCCCUGCCUUGCAGAUGUCGAUCCCUUGUUGCCUGCCAAAGUUGUCCCAAAUGAAGAUCUUCGUUUCGAGAACAGCGCUGAAGCUUACAAGUUCUACUGCUACUAUGCGGGCAAAGCGGGGUUUGAUGUACGGAAGACAAGGACUAAUAGAAAGACUGUUGCAGAGUUUUCAUGCAAUAAACAGGGCCAUUGGGAAUUCUAUAAGCCUGAUGAAGAGAUGACACGUGAGAAGAUGUCAAUGAGGUGUGAAUGCAAGGCAUUUGUGAAGGCUAAGAAGAACACUAAAAAGGGAUAUUGGUUCUUUGAGAGGAUCAGGUUGGAGCACUCCCACCCAUUGCAUCCAUCACCGCGACUAACACAGUUCAUGAAUGCACAUAAGAACAAGGAUCCGGUGAUCAUGGGAAUUGUUGACAAGAUGCAACAUGCUGAUGCAUCCCACAAUACCACAGUCAAUUAUUUAUCAGAUAUGUAUGGUGGUGUCCAGAACUUCACAUUCACUGAGAUGGACCUGAAAAAUAGGAGGGCUGCAUCUGCAAGGUCGGAGAGGGAGAAUGACAAACCAAAGCUGAUGGAAUUCUUCAAGGAGAUGAAGGCCCAAAAUCCAUACUUCUACAAGGAGGUGCAAGUGGAUGAAAAUAAUGUGAUAAAAAAUGUAUUUUGGAGUCAUGCAAGCCAGCGGGCGGAAUAA